AGUCUCUAAGAUGCUUCAUUUGUAGCAGAAGGAAGGAGUAAGCCCUGACCUGGGAGCAUGCGGGAAUGUAAUGGAUUUAUGUCUUAUUAAACCACGGUGCCCUCGUGAACUACUGGAAUAACUACAGUAAAGUGACAUUCCUGCAGUACAACAGUGUGGACGAGGUGUGCAAGAGGUGUGGUGAGACAGUACAGUACAGGACAGUAACAACACAGACCAGAGGGAGGAAAGUUUGGUAUGUCCACCUCAAUGGAUGACGAGGAAGUACCACUCGUGUUGGAUGAUGUGGGUGAGGAAGAAAAUGAUGAUUCAUUAGAUGUGAUAAUGCCAACAGAAGGAAAGGAACAAGGAAGCUUAUUGUCACAAGAUACGGGGGAUGCAUCAUUAAGUCUCAGUAAUGUGGAAGAGAGUCAGAAUUGUGAAACGCCAAGUGAAAAACACAAUUCCUUAACCUCCGAAAAUAACGAUUCAAAAAAAGGUUCUCAUGCAUGUCAAAUCUGCGAGAAGGUAUUUAAGAGAAAGGUCAGUUUGGUGAGACAUCUUAACACCCAUGAACCCCAAAAAGAGUUCAAAUGCACUAAAUGUGAUAGAAAAUUCCAUCAAUUAAUUUUACUGUCUAAUCAUUUAAGUUCAGGAGUUUGUGAUAAGCAUAAAUGUUUUAUGUGUGGGAAAAAAUUCAGGUACAAGAGAAACCUUUCACUCCAUUGUCGUGUUCAUCAGACUGAAAGAAGGAAGGAGGUCACAGAAGGAAGUAUGGGUUAUGUCACACCCCCUGUAGGCUCCAGUGUACCAUCUUUUCCACGCAGCUGCCCAUAUUGUGAUAAAAAAUUAAAGAAUCAAGCAUUGUACGAGAGGCACUUGCGUGUUCAUUGGGGAGAUUUACCGUACUUGUGUUUACGGUGCUAUACCAAGUUUGCCAAUAGAGAAGACCUCCUACAACAUGGCCUCACUCAUAAUAGAGAAGGCGACCUACAACUUGGCCACACUCAAUCUAAGAAAGGUGGUUUAUGUGAACAUUGUGGCAAAAUGUUUACGACGAUCUCGAGCAACCCCAAACGCAACUGUCAUUGUCAUGCCCAUAAACAAAGGCCUGUACCCGUGUCUUGUGACAUAUGUGGCAGACAUUUUGAUAGUGAUGACAGUCUGAUAAAUCAUAUGAAGGUUCAUGGUAGUGACAUGUCAUUCUUCUGUCCAAGAUGUCGAAAAUUAGUUAAGCAUAUAAAGUCUGUUAAAGUUCACUAUAUCGGAGAUGAAGUGUGUCCCUGUCAUGUGUGUGAUAAUGGAGCUGAUGGAAAUGAAGAGAUGUCAAAUUAUAAGUCCUCUCACAUUGAAAAAACUCCCUCUGAGUCUCCACAGCCCUUGCCAGUAGCUCCAAGUGGGAACAGUUGUACAAAUUCUAUGAAGGCCUACAGGAGUGAGAUGCAUGUGUGUGCAGUGUGUGGGAAGACGUUUGCAGGAGAAGACUAUUUGGCAAAUCAUAUGAAAACUCAUUAUCAGUGUGUAAAGUGUAAAAAGAUGUUUAGAAGAAAAGAAGAUCUUAACACACACUUAAUGUUUCUUGGAGCAGAAAAGCUGCUCCUAUGUCGUGUGUGUCAGCGCAUAGUUCACGGGAAAAGAGAAUUUGAGCGUCACAUCUAUGGUCACAUCAGAGCAAAUCAACUCAAGUCUAUCAUAGAUGACAAGCUGAUAUGGCAGGCGAAUUCAGAAUCUGGGAGUGAUGGCCAUGAGUCCUUUUCUCAUGUAGGAGCAACAAGUCAGUCACUCAGUGUAAAGAUCCAGAUGGUGACCCAAGCAGGGAAGAAUUCAUUUAAGUGUUCUCAGUGUGGGAAAAAAGUCCCGCUGCGUCACAACCCUCAGGAUCACUUAAGAGAUGAAUCCCCCGAGAUAACACAGUCGGGCGAAGAGUUUGUGAUUAUCACAAGAUUUGGUCAAUCUGUGAAAAACCAAAAACAGAUGACAGACUCUUACUGUAAGUGUAAUCGUUUCAUGGGAGAUGUGUUGACAGAUGAUGAAAUAGACCAUCCAACAGUUGUUUUAGUGCCGCACCAAGAGGAUGUGGAGUGUGUAGGGGGAUGGCAAACUAAUGAGCCAAUUACCCAGGCAGAGAUUAGCAUGCCUGGAACUGUGUCUUUGCCAAGCAAGCAAGGAACAGUGUCUUUGUCCAGCAUGCCUGGAACUGUGUCUUUGCCAAGCAAGCAAGGAACAGUGUCUUUGUCCAGCAUGCCUGGAACUGUGUCUUUCCCAAGCAAGCAAGGAACAGUGUCUUUGUCCAGCAUGCCUGGAACUGUGUCUUUGCCAAGCAAGCAAGGAACAGUGUCUUUGUCCAGCAAGCCUGGAACUGUGUCUUUCCCAAGCAUGCAAGGAACCGUGUCUUUGCCUAGCAAGCAUGAAAAUGUGUCAUUGCCAAGCAAAUAUGAAACUGUGUCUUUGCCUAGUAAGCCUGUAUCUGGGCCAUUGCCUGCAACAUCAUCAAAGGAUGAUUCUGAUGUGGUGUGUAAGAAGGCAAAAUAUGAUAAUGAAGUAUUAAGUAAAGUUGAUGAUAUUAAAUUAGAAAUGUUUGACCCUGACAUUAUAGUCAAGGAAGAGUGGGAUAUCAGUUGGUGUUGAAACUCACACAGUUUAGUUUAAGGUCAUGUAUGUAUGUACUGUACAGUAUUAUAGGAUGUGACUCGGCAAUUCUGGGCAUAAAUUCUUAAAUAUUCUUUUGGCAAGUGUUUUCCGGAUACAGUACUGUACACUGCAAUGAAGGGUAAUGGAAGUUAUCUCUUGGUAGUUGAGUUUCAUUGUACUGUACAGUAAAUCAGUACAGUACUGUACGUAUUACCAUUUUCUCGGUCAGUAUCUAAACAGUGAGACAGUUUGGAUUUAGAUGCACAGUUGUCUCACCUAUGAGGGAUAUGUUUUGUCUGAACUAUUUUAUAUUGACUACGGAUGGACUAUUUAGUUCUGUAUACAGUACAGUAUUUUGAAUAUUUUUAUGUAUUACAGGUAUAUUUGUGUACUUUACUUUUUUUAGCUGAUUUUAUUCAAUGGGGAUGUUAAUAUUUUACUAGUACAGCAUAAUACACUUUUUUCUGUGUUUGAGAAGUUAUUUCAGUUUUUAUAUGGGAAAGCAUACUGUACCUGGAUUCAUUUUACUCUAUAUAGUAGCCAUUAAUAGAAGUUAAUUAGGAUCAAAUCAAGAAUCUCCACCCCAGCUUAUUUCACUUGAAGAUUAUCCUAACCUAACCCAACUUAAACUUACCUAUUGGUUAAGUUCUCAACCUUUUUUGUCAUCUUUCUACCUUUGCGGUUACUGUAUUAAGCUAUCUCAUGGACCCCUUUCUGAACACAUCACAUUGGGGGUGUAAUGAGCAAGUGCCUUAUACUGUAUAGGAACACCAAGCUUUUCCUUAAGUCAGGCUUUUGAGUUUUCAGAUUAAACCAAACAGGAAAAUUAUUAAAAAAUGUUGUAUAAUGUGUAAGUUUAUCUGAACGUCUUCAAAAUACACAUCUGUGGUAAAUUAAACUUAAUACAGUAUGGUUAACUUACCAUGCUUACUUUCAUCUGUGGACCCCUAGUAAACCCUCUGUUGACCCACCCCAGGUUGAGAAACCCUGACCUCACCUCAUCCCCCAAAUAAGUGUUAGAAUGGUUAAUCAUUGGGUGAAAUAAACUUGGGCGGAGAUUCUUCAGGUGAAACUAUUAUUUGUACGUACUACAGUAUUGUAUAGUUGUAAUUUUGAUAUUUUAACUCUUACAUACCGUGCAGUAUACUGAAUUCAAGUGAUGGACAAUACGUUGACAGUUAUGUAUCUAUUUGUUCAAUUGUCUUUUAUUUUCCCCGCUGAUGUGAGGAAGAAUAUUUUGACACUUCUAAUAUCAAAUGCCAAUACUAUACACAAUCACUGAGCAUUUGCCAGAGCUUGUUUCAUUACUCCGGCUUUCUCAUAUAGAAGGAAUGUAGGAAGCUGUUUGUUCACCAUUGACUGAUAUGGUUGUAGUCUUGUAUUUGUUAGUGCAAGUGCAGGAAAAGAUUUUAUACAGUAAACCUGUACAGUAUAUUGUAAUUAUACACAUACAGGGUGGUCCAGGGUGGUUUAUCAAGGGAGUUAGUGAUAUGAUUUGAUGAAGUGAAGUUUUGUUGAAGGUCCAUAGUACAUGCACCAUGUACUAUUAUAUUCAUAGAACAUUCUUUUCUUUUUUCAUUUUAAGUAUUAAUUAUUAUUGUUUGAGGAAUUACUAUAUAAUAAUUACAGUAAAUUUCCACAGUGACUGCCAUCUUGGUCAAUACUCUUGCUUAAUUGCCUCAUGAAGAGAUCAGUUGGUAUAUUUUCUUCAGGUCAACCAAAUGUUGAUAAGGAUUGUUAAUGUGUAUUCAGUGAUGGAGUCUUCGUUCGUUCUGCUUGGCGGUCUUGUACACCUGGUGCCAUAUUCUUUCCCGUUCAUAAUAUUCCCCUUGAUUGAGGUCAGGAGAAUUUGAAGACCACAUGCCAGGUCAUAAUAAUGAUGUUAGGAAUGUACAGUCUCAGGCAAAGGUUGGCUCUCCGUGUUGAAACAAAGUCACGGGAAUGAGUCUCCAAACACCCUGACUGUCUUCUGGUGUAGUUGCUGUUUUUAAUCAGUUUGGGAGGGAGCGGACUCUCGACCUCGGGUGUACAUGUCCAAGUAUUCCUGUGUGACUUAGGUUGUCUGAGAUUUAGUUCCAUCUGGAAGAGGUAUGUAGUCACUCCCACCAAGGUAGUCCAUGUCAGGUAUUUCAUCUGUCAUGGAAUAUUGGCUUGACAUUCCUUUCUCUAAUAUCAACAACAUUUCCAAUUUUUGACUUAUUGUAAAGAAUCUUAGCUUUUAUUUCUGACCAUUCAUUUUUUUUUAAAACAGACUGUAAUCACUUUUUCUGAGUGGUAGUUGAAUAAUGCACAAUCUGAUGACACUUCCUUGAGAGAACCAGACUACAGUGAGGAUCAGCAAAACAUACAAGAAAAAUUGUCCCAAGAGAGUGAGAAAAUAAUCCUUGCUUGUUUUAUAGAGUUUACAGUAUGGUGCUGUACCAUGUGAGAGUGUUGAGGAACUGUAUAUUCACCACAAAGCCAAACUUGAGAGGAAGUAAUUAUGGGAAUGUGAGCAUCACCACUGUGAAAAAAAUAAAAGAUCUUGGGGAAAAAAAAAAUCAGAAUGCCAUGUUGAUCAGGGAGUGAAUCACACAGUGUAUCAUGGAUGUACAGUACAGUCAUCCACACACAUGGCCCCACCACCAGUGUUUACCACCAUCCCUAUUCCUUUGGUAUGUUUAAUGAAUACUGAUUUUUAUUUUUACAGGUAUUUAUUUAUUGUUAUGUUUUAAUGAAGAAAUAAAUUGAUUUAAAGGACCAUUGCUUUAAUCUGGUUUGAAUUAAUACAGAUUUGAUGGGCUUUAGUAUAAUUAUGACAGUUUUAAUAGCUUGCUAGUUGUCAACAAUAUCACCUUGGUUUGUCAAAGGCAGAUGCACGUUUGUAGUCCUAAACUAACUAUCAUUCCAGGCAUAUAUUGCAACUUUGUCAGGGUGCUUUUAGUGUGUGAGUUUAUGUAGUCAUAUACUGUAUGUGUAGAAUGAAACUUUGGAAACUUAUGAGGGAUUACUGGUACUGUACAAUUUAGAGGUUUCACUCAUCUCCAGGUUACUGUACUGUAGUUGUUCCUCAAGAUAAGACAUAAAUACUGUACAGUGGUGGACUACACAGUGUGACAUACUUGUUUUUAUUAUGUUGCCUACAAUAUUAAACACUAUAGUUCUU